CCAUUCUUCAGAGCAGCAGGCGCCCAGUCAGCGCAGCCCUCUCCUGCCUCUACACGCAGGGACGGGACUCGGUGCCUUUUCCACAUUUUCUUGGAUGUACCAUCAUCUCGCCAAGAUGAGACUUAUUUUUGUUGUUGUUGCGGUUGCGGCUUUGCUGACAGAAAAUCUAGCGCUUCCAGUGGGAAAAGAAGGGCAGGGAGAAGAUGCGGUAACACGAUGCUUGGUUGAGGUCCUGUCCAAGGCUCUCUCCAAACCUGACUCCCAGCUAGAUCAGGACUGCAAAGACAUCCUCCAAGCAGGGGUUAAACAUGCCCUACUGGACAAGAAGAGUGCGGAGGGGAUAGUAACUCAUGGAGAGGUGGUCAAAGGUCACCCCGAGGAGUCCGAGGCAAAGGGAGCAGAUCUGAAAGACAUCGAGGCUCUCCUGAAAUCCGUGGAGGAAAAAAGAGAAAACCCAGAAGACGAGCGUAGCCAAGAAUCCUGGAGUCUGGGUGAUGAGAAGGAGAAGAGACACGAGAACGAAGAGGAAGAAGAGCGGGAGAAGAGGAGCAGCUGGAGGCCUGGAAGAUACCACCAAAGAAAACACAAACGUGGAGAAGAAGAAGAAGAAGAAGACAACGAGCGCAGUCAGGAGAGUUGGGGGGUAGAGGAAAAGCGAUCAGAAGAAGAAGAAGGUGAAGACAGAGAGAAGAGGAACUGGAGGCCUGGAAGAUACCACCAAAGAAAACACAAACGAGAUGAGGAACCUUUAGGAGAAGAGAGGGAGGAGCCAGAGGAAGAACGUAGCCAAGAGUACUGGGAUGUAGACAAAAGGCAUGGGAACGAGGAUGAGAGAAACAAGCGCAUAUGGAAGCCCACGCAUCGCUACCACCACAAGAAAAAGCUCCAGAAACGUGGCGAUGAACCGUCAGAGGAGGACGAAAAUGACGAGCGCAGCCAGGAAUCGUGGGGUCUUGACAAUGAGAGAGACAAGAGGGACUGGAGGGCCGGCAGAUAUCACCAGAGGAGACACAAACGUGAUGAGGAGCUCUCAGAAGAAGCCAGGGAAGAGCCUGAUGAAGAACGCAGCCAGGAAUCGUGGGGUCUUGACAAUGAGAGAGACAAGAGGGACUGGAGGCCCGGCAGAUAUCACCAGAGGAGACACAAACGUGAUGAAGAGCUCUCAGAAGAAGCCAGGGAAGAGCCUGAUGAAGAACGCAGCCAGGAAUCCUGGGGUCUUGACAAUGAGAGAGACAAGAGGGACUGGAGGCCCGGCAGAUAUCACCAGAGGAGACACAAACGUGAUGAGGAGCUCUCAGAGGAGGAGAGAGAUGAGCCGGACGGGGAACGCAGCCAGGAGUACUGGGGCUUCGACAAAAGAAAUGGAAAAGAAGAGGAAGAAAUAGAAAAGCGUGUAUGGAAACCAACACAUCGAUACCACCAUAAAAAGACAUUUCACAAGCGUGGCGGAGGCUCAUCAGAAGAAGAGGAAGAACAGAGGGCUGAUUCAGAGGAAUAUGAGGAGGCGGUGAAGGACAAGGAUGAAGCUCUGAGGUAUCUGGCAGAGAAGCGCAAUCCCUGGAUUUUCAGAGGCUUCUACCAUCCUGCAUGGUAUAAAAGAGAUUCAGAUGAGCACGCUGCAACCUCAAACAAGAUGGAUGAACUGGCCAAGCUGCUGAGCUAUAAGAUAAACCAGCUGGCCGACCACUCUAAUCACGAGGAGGCAAAGAGGAGCACGCACCAGAGAGCACUUACCCCGCAGGAGGGGAAAGAGCUGGAAAACCUUGUAGCGAUGGACAUGGAGUUGCAGAAAAUUGCUGCCAAGUUGCAUGAUAACAGUGCCUAAGCCAGGAUGGACAGCAUUUCAUUAUCAGUGGAUAAAGGCUGCUGUCUUACUGUAUGCCUGCCAAUUUAGUGUGCUUACAGUGUUCAAAAAGACAAAAAAAUAAAGACAUAAAAAACCUUGCCAAAAACAUUUUAUCAACUUGUUUAUCAUGGUAUUUGUGAUAUUUUGAUGUUAUUAAAUGAAUCCGCAUGGGAAUGGUUUUGAUGUUUAUAUCUGUAUAGUAAGAUAAACUAUGAAAAUAAUAUAUAUCUGAGACAAAUUGUUCAAAUAACUGUGUUCUGAAAAGUUUGUUCAAUUUGCACUCAAUAAAGUUAUUAUUCUGGGACCAAA